AUGGCUGCGAGAAAGCUGCAAACCGAAAUUGACCGCACCCUCAAGAAAGUCGGCGAGGGCGUCGAGCUCUUUGAGAGCAUAUACGAGAAAAUGCAGGCGUCGACAAAUCAGACCCAGAAAGAGAAGUCUGAACUGGAUCUUAAAACACAGAUAAAGAAGCUUCAGCGGCUGCGUGACCAAAUCAAGACCUGGGUUGCGAGCAAUGAUAUCAAAGACAAGUCGGCGCUACUGGACAACAGAAAGCUGAUCGAGACGCAAAUGGAGAAAUUCAAGGCUUGCGAGAAGGAGAUGAAGACCAAGGCAUUCUCUAAAGAAGGCCUAAUACAAGCAGCCAAAUUGGACCCGAAAGAACAAGAGAAAGAGGAGGCUAUCUCUUGGGUGAAUCACCAAGUCGAAGAGCUUCAGAUGCAGGUGGAACAGGCAGAGGCAGAGGUGGAAGCUCUUCAAGGGACAGGGAAGAAGCGGAAUAAAGGCGGUCAGAGCAAUCUGGGCCGGCAAGAAGAACUUGAACAUUUGAACGACAGACGGAAAUGGCAUAUCAGCCGUCUAGAAAUUGUUUUGAGAAUGCUCAACAAUGGCACUCUUGCUCUGGAAAAGGUCAAUAGUCUAAAGGAAGACGUCGCGUAUUUCGUGGAAAGCAAUACGGACGAAGGCUUUGACGAAGAUGAGGGCAUAUAUGAUGAGCUGAAUCUGGACGAAGAAGAGGAGAAAUUCGGCAUCAUUGCUGAUGAUGAUGACAGCGAGGAUUCUGACGAUGCCAGCGAAGAUGUACCGCCUCGGCCUACAAAAAAACACGAUGAGGAGAGUGUGACGAGCAGUAAACGAGAUGAUAGUCCGAUACUGAAGAAAGCUUCAGUAUCACUAAACUUGCGGACUAAACCUCCUCCAAAUCUCAAUUUAUCCCAACAACCAAUGGCAACAAUCCUCAAGGCAGGCUUGCAGCAACAAACACCGGCACCUCGACCCGCGGCCCCUGCCGUUUUACCUCCAAUACGCUAUGCUGCUGCUGCUGCCGCCGCCGUAGCGCCUCCUCCCCCACCAUCUGCCUCUUCCUCGUCACUGGCUGCCGCUUCGGUACCAGGCACACCUGCUGCAUCCACUUCACAUCCUCCUCCUCCGUCAUCUACUGCACCCUCAAUACCCAUUGGAUUGACGUCACUACCAGUUUCUCAGGAGCAGCAUAGUGUCGCUGUAUCAUCACCGAGCUUGACUCAACUUUCAGUAACAAGUCCAAUGCUAUCAUCGGCUGCAUCAGCAUCACAGCAACCCGAUGGAUCAUUCUAUUCUGGUCAGGAAUCUCCGGCUCUAUCAGAAGCGGUAUCAUCAAGCAAACUCGUUCCUUCAUCACCGCAACAAAAUAUCACUUCAUCCAAAGAUUCUGUUUCAUCACCUAUACUCUCCACCCAGUCCCCUAGUGUUGCUAACGCGGCGGUUCCGGAAGGCUCACAGCAGCCGCCAGCUCAGGCGCAGUCUAAUGGAUCCCAAUCGCAACAACCCCCUCCGACUUCAGGUCCAUCUCCGUUACCACAACAGCUGCAACAGUUUACUCAGCGACCUAAAUCGCCUCCCCCUGUCUCAGUUCAGGUACACCAGCAGCCGAUGUUCCCUCCUGGCGUCAAGGUUCCCCAGGCCGAGCAACAACCUGUGGGUGGCUCCGUCCCCACAGCUACGCAGCAGAACAUCGGAGCGCAGCGACCUUCAUCUGCAGCUCAAUCCGUACCGCUACAACAACAACGUGCUCCUGCAGCGUUCCCCGGGUCUUUGUCGGAUUUGGUUGUCUCCUUCGAAAACGUUAAGCAGAAAGCGCUUCGUGCCAAUAAUCUUGACCAAGUACACAAGAUGCUGGAAGGGGGAUACGCGAACGCACCACAACCCCAGGACACCGAAAAGCCCAAAUAUUAUGUUCCUCGUAAUCCAUUCCAGACGGCGCCAUAUUAUCCUCAAGCACCUCAUCCUUUGCUCCAAACUCCCGGAAUCUUUACUCAGCUUGAUGUUGAGACCCUCUUCUGGAUUUUCUACUACCUUCCUGGAACAUACCAGCAAUACCUUGCUGCGAAGGAAUUGAAACGCCAAUCCUGGCGUUUCCACGUCAAGUACUUGACGUGGUUCCAACGACAUUCUGAACCCCAGGCAAUUACAGAAGAGUAUGAACAAGGUGUUUAUGUGUAUUUCGACUGGGAGGGAUCAUGGUGCCAACGAAAGAAAAGCGAUUUCCGAUUCGAAUACCGGUACCUUUCCGAGGAUUGA